AUGUCCGGCCUGGGCCCCGGCGGAGGCGAUUCAGAGGGCGGACCCCGGCCCCUGUUUUGCAGAAAGGGGGCUCUGAGGCAGAAGGUGGUCCAUGAGGUCAAGAGCCACAAGUUCACCGCUCGUUUCUUCAAGCAGCCGACCUUCUGCAGCCACUGCACUGACUUCAUAUGGGGGAUUGGAAAACAGGGUCUGCAAUGUCAAGUCUGCAGUUUUGUGGUUCAUCGACGAUGCCACGAAUUUGUGACCUUCGAGUGUCCAGGCGCUGGGAAGGGCCCCCAGACGGACGAUCCCCGGAACAAGCACAAGUUCCGUCUGCACAGCUACAGCAGUCCCACCUUCUGCGACCACUGUGGCUCCCUGCUCUACGGGCUGGUGCACCAGGGCAUGAAGUGUUCUUGCUGCGAGAUGAACGUGCACCGGCGCUGUGUGCGCAGCGUGCCCUCUCUGUGCGGCGUGGACCACACGGAGCGCCGGGGGCGCCUGCAGCUGGAGAUCCGGGCGCCCACCUCCGAUGAGAUCCACGUCACGGUUGGUGAGGCCCGGAACCUCAUCCCAAUGGACCCCAACGGCCUCUCCGAUCCCUAUGUGAAGCUGAAGCUCAUCCCAGACCCUCGGAAUUUGACCAAACAGAAGACCCGCACGGUGAAAGCCACGCUAAACCCUGUGUGGAACGAGACCUUUGUGUUCAAUCUGAAGCCGGGGGACGUGGAGCGCCGGCUUAGCGUGGAGGUGUGGGACUGGGACCGGACCUCCCGAAACGACUUCAUGGGCGCCAUGUCCUUCGGCGUCUCGGAGCUGCUCAAGACGCCGGUGGACGGCUGGUACAAGUUACUGAACCAGGAGGAGGGCGAGUAUUACAAUGUGCCGGUGGCUGACGCCGACAACUGCAACCUCCUCCAGAAGUUCGAGAGGGUGCGGACGGGUCCCUCCUCCUCUCCCAUCCCCUCCCCGUCCCCCAGUCCCACCGACUCCAAGCGCUGUUUCUUCGGGGCCAGCCCUGGACGACUGCACAUCUCGGACUUCAGCUUCCUCAUGGUUCUAGGAAAAGGCAGUUUUGGGAAGGUGAUGCUGGCCGAGCGCCGGGGCUCCGAUGAGCUCUACGCCAUCAAGAUCCUGAAGAAAGACGUGAUCGUCCAGGAUGACGACGUGGACUGCACCCUGGUGGAGAAACGCGUGCUGGCCCUGGGGGGCCGAGGCCCCGGAGGCCGGCCACACUUCCUCACCCAGCUUCACUCCACCUUCCAGACCCCGGAUCGCCUAUAUUUUGUGAUGGAGUAUGUCACCGGGGGCGACUUGAUGUACCACAUCCAACAGCUGGGCAAGUUUAAGGAACCCCACGCAGCGUUCUACGCCGCAGAAAUCGCCAUCGGCCUCUUCUUCCUCCAUAACCAGGGCAUCAUCUAUCGGGACCUGAAACUGGACAACGUGAUGCUGGAUGCCGAAGGACACAUCAAAAUCACCGACUUCGGCAUGUGUAAGGAGAAUGUCUUUCCCGGGAGCACCACUCGUACCUUCUGCGGGACCCCAGACUACAUAGCCCCCGAGAUCAUUGCCUACCAACCCUACGGGAAGUCUGUUGAUUGGUGGUCCUUUGGGGUUCUGCUCUACGAGAUGUUGGCAGGACAGCCCCCCUUUGAUGGAGAAGACGAGGAGGAGCUGUUUCAAGCCAUCAUGGAACAAACUGUCACCUACCCCAAGUCACUUUCCCGGGAAGCUGUGGCCAUCUGCAAGGGGUUCCUCACCAAGCACCCGGCCAAGCGCCUGGGCUCGGGCCCCGAUGGAGAACCCACCAUCCGCGCUCACGGCUUUUUCCGCUGGAUCGACUGGGACAGGCUGGAACGAUUGGAGAUCGCGCCUCCGUUCAGACCCCGCCCGUGUGGCCGCAGCGGCGAGAACUUCGACAAGUUCUUCACUCGGGCGGCGCCGGCCUUGACACCCCCUGACCGCCUGGUUCUGGCCAGCAUCGACCAGGCUGAGUUCCAGGGCUUCACCUAUGUCAACCCGGAUUUCGUGCACCCGGAUGCCCGCAGCCCCAUCAGCCCAACGCCUGUGCCAGUCAUGUAA